CUACAAAAAUUGAAAGCAUCACUUGAUCACACAAAAAUACAAUGAAAGCAUGUUGAUUUUCUUCACAUAUUACAUAAUGUGUUCACCUAUAGCUAACAGAUAAUGUGAGAAAAAGUAAUAUUACAUAACAGCAGUCAGUCAUCAAAAAGCAUCCAUCGCACUCCGGGCCAGUAGGGGGCGGGAUACCGUAUAUCUCGGUGUUGGAAACUACAAAAUGACGACCGUCGCAAACGCUUAAUGGCGGAAAACUCAAAAAUUUACUGAAGUUGAACUUGCCAUUGCAAUUAUUUUUGACAAAACACUCCUGCCAAAGUUGACUCUUCUCUGACCAGUGGAGAUGGCAGAGGUUGAUCAGGCUGUGGACCUGUCCAAAACAGAGACAGGAGAGGGUGGGAAUGGGCAUCUGUCUUCCAGUGCAGAUCGAAACAGUGAGUCCAGUACAGGACAGAAGUCUACCACCAAGAGGAAGCAUGACGAUGAGGAAGAGGAUGACGGCUCUCCAACUAAGAAACAGCAUGGUCAUGGAGAGAAGGUGGCGACCCACUACAACACGCUCCAGGAGACCGGCCUCGCUGCCAGGAGCCAGAGCAGAAUAUUCUACAUGAGGAAUUUCAACAACUGGCUUAAAAGUGUUCUAAUUGGUGAGAUCCUGGACACGGUACGUCAGAGCCGCAGAGAGCUGUCUGUUCUGGAUCUGGGCUGUGGGAAAGGUGGAGACCUGCUCAAGUGGAGGAAAGGACACAUUAGCCGGUUGGUCUGUGCAGACAUAGCAGCAGUGUCGGUGGAGCAGUGCCAGGUUCGUUAUGAGUAUAUGAGGAAGAGGGGUCAUCCUAACGAGCGUAUCUUCUCUGCAGAGUUCAUCACAGCCGACUGUACCAAGGAGCUGCUGACAGACAAGCUGAAGGAUCCUAAGAUGGAGUUUGAUGUGACCAGCUGUCAGUUUGUGUACCACUACUCCUUUGAGACUCAGCAGCAGGCGGACCUGAUGUUGAAGAACGCCUGUGAGAGGCUGAGACCAGGAGGAUACUUCAUAGGCACCACACCAGAUGCAUAUGAACUGGUGAAGCGUGUGGAGACCAUAGACUCCAACUCCUUUGGUAACGAGGUGUUCAGUGUGACGUUUCAGAAGAAGGGAGACUACCCUCUGUUUGGUUGUCAGUAUGACUUUAAUCUGGAGGGGGUGGUCAAUGUCCCAGAGUUCCUGGUUUACUUCCCUCUGUUUGAAGAGAUGGCCAAGAAGUACAACAUGCGUCUGGUGUUUAAGAAAACGUUCUCCCAGUUCUUUGAGGAGCACAUAAAGAACGACCAGCACAAGAUGUUGAUGCAGAGGAUGCAAGCGCUGGAGUGUUUCCCGACAGACAACAAGAACAAGUCAUCUUCAGACAACCUUGAUGAUUAUGAUCACGCCAAGGAGAAGGCUGACAGCCCUAAUGUCAGGCUGCCGUUGGGAACAUUGAGCAAGUCUGAGUGGGAGGCAACAAGCAUAUACCUGGUGUUUGCAUUUGAGAAAAUGUCCUGAAUGCCAGAGAAGAGAACCCCAGUUUGACAGGUCGACUCGUCAAUAUUACACUGUUUUUUUGUUUGGUAUGUUUGGGUGGGGGUUUUUCUUUUUAAGAACUGACUUGCUGUCCACUGCAGAGCAUGGUACAAAAAAAGUAGUUUUAAUGUUUUCCUGUUGUGAAAUAUUAUUGGUUUGAGUAAGCUUAUCUUGCCUAUCCAUCCAUCAAUCUAUCCUCUGGUUCUUAUUAUAUCAGCUACAGCCAGACUGUUGUCGUCAUCUGUAGCUCAUAUCUGUCCAAUUUUUACCUUCCCUUUAUCCUGGUCAUUUAACCUAGUGAUGUAUUUUAACUGGAGUGAUGUGUAUUAUACAACGGGCGGGUCUAAUCCUGAAUGCUGUUUGGUUAAAAGCGCAUUCCAGCCGGUGUCUAUUCCACAAGUUACCACUGGCUAAAUCUAUGAUGUUAAAAUGCCUAUUUACUCCGUUCCAUCUGACUGCACAAUCCACUGUCUCAUCAGCCCAGCCAGGCCAUUUAUAACCUUGAUCUCCACUAUAAAAAGCAUCUAGACAUUAUCUCACUUGUUUUUUUUACUAACUUUUAGUUUUCAACAGUCCUUUAAGAGUUUCAAUAACAUCCUAUUUAUUAUUUAAGUGAUAAUGCCCUUAAAGCUGGUGUUUUGAAGGUAUAUUGCCACGGUUUGCUGGCCUUAGACAACACACCCAUGCCAAUAUAUCCUCCAAACACCGCCUUUGAGGGCAUUAUCACUUAAAUAAUAAAUAGGGUGUUACUUACUCUUAAAUUACAUUUAAGGAUGCAUAGCACAGGCAUCAAAGUAGUCAUACAUUUUCACAUUUCAGAAAUGCAAAUGAUGGGCAGCUUUGGGUACUGGCUCCAACACACAUUUCUACCAGAUUUGGACUAUUUCCAGGUAGAAGCCUGUUUCUCUGCAGUACAGUGUCACUGCUGAAUUGAUUCUUCAAGAGGAUUAGAUCAUUGGAUCAAUGCUAGUUCAAAGUAAGAUGACCUUGUAGAGGUAUUUUAAGGCUCAACUAUGAUUCAGGUAAUCACCCUGAUCAACACAUCAAACCUUUAUGUAAACCUAUGUUGAUUACCUGGUGUAUGUGUUCCUUCUGUCUAUUCUGUAUCGUGUGCAUUACUAUUGACCAGGGCCCAUUGGCCCCCCCCCAAGGAAUUUACCUAAAAUUAGUUGAUUUGAGGAAACCUGUUCCAAAGUAUUCCCACAAAUAAAAUAACAUGUGAUCGUCUCUCAA